AUGGUUAUUCUCCUGCUAUCCACAAUACAUCAUCAUCAACAACAUUCUGCAAAUGCUUCACAUUCGCCAUUAUCAUGCACCGUUGAAAAUGCAAUCUGUUCGGCUAAUGAUGCAAAAAUUUGCCGAAAUUCAAGCUGUGUAUCAGUAUGCUCAACACGUGGCAUGAAACAAUGCGAAUGUGACGUGGAAGAGGAUAAUUAUUGCUAUUUGUGCUGCGGUAAUUCAAAUUCCCGAUGUAUGCCCGCACAUCAAUAUAAUAUCCUCAGGGAUAACGGAGAAAGAUGGGAACGUGAAGCAUGCGCACUUUGCCGUCAGAAUGGAGCAGAGCUAGAAGGUUUAGCAUGUGAUGAUACGGAUCCAGCUCGUUUAUGCCUUCAAGGCAAAUGCUCAAAUAGUGUAUGUCAUGAUAAGAAACCUGGGCAAUAUUGUGAUCGAAAGAUGGAAAAAAUAUGCGUGGAUGAUAUUUGUGAAAAUCCAUGUGCUCGUAUCAGUCCACAUUUAAUGGUUUGUGAUUGUCCAUUAAUUGAUCCCGAUACAGGAUUUGCCUCUGAUGAUCGUUGUCAACUAUGUUGUUAUGACUUUAAUAUGAAACCUGCAUCACGACGUUGUCAAAAUGCAUAUCGUCGAUUUAAUUUAGCAUCAACUCAAAAUAGGCCUAUCUGGCGUGUAGGUCUGGAUUGUGCUGGUGGCAAAAAAUGUAAUCGCUACGGUGUUUGUCGUGGUUUCUCGUUGCAACCAACACUAUAUUUAACACUAUUUUCACUGCUAUUUUCCAUUUGCUGCCUUAUAUUGUAA